CUAACAGUACUACUAUGACUUUAAUCCAAGGCCUCAUCACAGACACGUUCAAACAGAAUCUAAAAGCAAUCACACUUACCGAAAACAAAAUGAAACCUAAUGCAAAACAAUACACAAUCAAACAUAGAAAAAUCGCU